CGCAGCCGCAGAUUCAAUGUGACAACAAACGUUAUCAGCAUUGGAGAAAAUGGGCACAGCAUUGGCAUCUAACUCAUUUUGAUAAGAUAAAAACUUCCAUCAAACCAUCAAAACGCGUUUGCUUUUGUCUCAUAUGAUUUAAUAAUCAAAACUGAAGUCUUAAAAUGCCGAGCAACAAGAUGGACAAAUCUGACAAGCCGGAAGUCAUGGACAACGUCAAAGUGGUUGUGCGAUGUCGACCGCUGAACCAGAAGGAGAGGAGUAUGGGCCACAAGCAGGCCGUCAGUGUGGAUGAGAACCGAGGGACCAUAACCGUCAACAAAUUAGAGACCACCCACGAACCCCCCAAGACCUUCACAUUUGACACGGUGUUCGGACCAGACAGCAAACAGCUGGACGUUUACAAUCUUACAGCUCGCCCCAUCAUAGACUCAGUAUUAGAGGGUUACAAUGGGACCAUCUUCGCGUACGGACAGACAGGGACAGGAAAGACGUUCACCAUGGAGGGAGUGAGGGCAGUACCAGAGCUCCGAGGAAUAAUCCCCAACUCCUUUGCUCAUGUGUUCGGCCACAUCGCCAAAGCAGAGGGCGACACCCGGUUCUUAGUUCGCGUCUCUUAUCUGGAGAUUUACAAUGAAGAAGUGAGGGACCUGCUGGGGAAGGACCAGAUGCAGAGGCUAGAGGUGAAGGAGAGGCCUGAUGUGGGUGUUUACAUCAAGGACCUGUCUGGUUAUGUGGUGAACAACGCUGAUGACAUGGACCGGAUUAUGACAAUGGGGCACAAGAACCGCUCGGUUGGCUCCACCAACAUGAAUGAACACAGCUCUCGCUCUCAUGCCAUCUUCACCAUCACCAUCGAGUGCAGCGAGAAGGGUGUGGAUGGAGACCAGCACGUACGCAUGGGAAAACUCCACUUAGUGGAUCUGGCGGGUUCUGAGCGUCAGGGGAAGACAGGAGCGACGGGCCAGCGGCUGAAAGAGGCCACUAAGAUCAACCUGUCUCUGUCCACGCUGGGUAACGUCAUCUCCGCUCUGGUGGACGGGAAGAGCACCCACGUCCCCUACAGGAACUCCAAACUCACCCGCCUGCUGCAGGACUCACUGGGGGGAAACUCCAAGACCAUGAUGUGUGCGAACAUCGGCCCAGCGGACUACAACUAUGACGAGACCAUCAGCACGCUGCGUUACGCAAACCGGGCCAAGAACAUCAAGAACAAAGCCCGGAUCAAUGAAGACCCCAAGGAUGCCCUGCUACGGCAGUUCCAGAAGGAGAUCGAAGAGCUUAGGAAGAAACUCCAAGAAGGGGAAGAGAUCUCCGGGUCAGAGGGCAGUGGAUCAGAAGAGAUGGAUGAAGGAGAUGACGAGGGAAGAGAGGGACGAAGCAAGCGGAGAGGGAAGAAGAAGAAGGUUUCUCCUGACAAGAUGGUGGAGAUGCAGGCGAAGAUCGAGGAGGAGAGGAAGGAGCUAGAAGCCACACUGGACAUGGAGGAGGAGGAGAGGAACAAGGCCAGGGCAGAACUGGAGAAGAGAGAGAAGGAUCUCCUCAAAGCGCAGCAGGAGCAUCACCUGCUGCUGGAGAAGCUGUCAGCCCUGGAGAAGAAGGUGAUCGUAGGAGGAGUGGACCUCCUGGCCAAGGCUGAGGAGCAGGAGAAACUACUGCAGGAGUCUAACAAUGAGUUAGAGGAGAGACGCAGGAGGGCUGAGCAGCUCCGCAGAGAGCUAGAGGAGAAGGAGGCGGAGCGUCUGGACAUGGAAGAGAAGUACUCCAGUCUGCAGGAGGAGGCUCAGGGGAAGACCAAGAAGCUGAAGAAAGUCUGGACCAUGCUGAUGGCUGCCAAGUCAGAGAUGGCCGACCUGCAGCAGGAGCAUCACCGGGAGAUCGAGGGCCUGCUGGAGAAUAUCCGCCACCUCAGCAGAGAGCUACGACUGCAGAUGCUCAUCAUAGACAGCUUCAUCCCACAGGAAUACCAGGAGAUGAUUGAGAACUAUGUACAGUGGAAUGAGGACAUUGGGGAAUGGCAGCUGAAGUGUGUAGCCUACACUGGUAACAACAUGAGAAAACAGACCCCCGUGCCGGACAAGAAAGAAAAAGAUCCGUUUGAGGUGGACCUGUCUCAUGUGUACUUGGCCUACACAGAGGAGAGUAUGAGACAGUCACUGAUGAAGCUGGAGAGGCCCAGGACCUCCAAGAGUAGUAGGCCCAAGACUGGACGAAGGUAAUCCAGCACCACCGCCUGUCUCCCAGCUGCUGCCGGUACAUCGUUAUCCACCAUGAACAAUAGUGGUAGUACCAACCAGGAUAACAGUACUACUAUACCAACCAGGAUAACAGCACUAAUAUACCAACCAGGAUAACAGUACUAAUAUACCAACCAGGAUAACAGUACUAAUAUACCAACCAGGAUAACAGUACUAAUAUACCAACCAGGAUAACAGUACUAAUAUACCAACCAGGAUAACAGUACUAAUACACCAACCAGGAUAACAGUACUAAUACACCAACCAGGAUAACAGUACUAAUACACCAACCAGGAUAACAGUACUAAUAUACCAACCAGAAUUAUAGUACUAUAAUAAUAUAAUUAUAAUAAUAAUAAUCACAGGCAGAACAGUUGGAACUGGAGCAGCAGCACGGCCAGGUGGACUGGGGACAGCAAAGAGUCAUCAUGUCAGGUAGUCCUGGGGCAUGGUCCUAGGGCUCAGGUCCUCCGAGAGAGAGAAAGAAAGAGAGAAUUAGAGAGAGCAUACUUAAAUUCACACAGGACACCGGAUAGGACAGGAGAAGUACUCCAGAUAUAACAAACUGACCCUAGUCCCCCGACACAAACUACUGCAGCAUAAAUACUGGAGGCUGAGACAGGAGGGGUCAGGAGACACUGUGGCACCAUCCGAGGACACCCCCGGACAGGGCCAAUCAGGAAGGAUAUAACCCCACCCACUUUGCCAAAGCACAGCCCCCACACCACUAGAGGGAUAUCUUCAACCACCAACUUACCAUCCUGAGACAAGGCUGAGUAUAGCCCACAAAGUUCUCCGCCACGGAACAACCCAAGGGGGGGGCGCCAACCCAGACAGGAAGAUCACAUCAGUGACUCAACCCACUCAAGUGACACUCAAGUGACGAAAUCAUCUCUUUGCGUCUCAAAUGGCACCCUAUUCCCUAUGGGCCUAGGUCAAAAGUAGUGCACUAUAUAGGGAAAGGGUGCCAUUUGUGAUGCAACCCUCCUCUUAUCUCCUGACAGGAAAAGAUCAGCGAAGCCCGAGGCUGUGAUGGAAUCCCUGCUGCAGUGAGAGAGCCAAUCAGGGCUGGAGCCCCAUGUACUGCAAUGAAUCUACACUACUUUACCUUAGAAUGAACAAUAGUCAGUCAAUGAAUCUACACUACUUUACCUUAGAAUGAACAACAGCAGUCAGUCAAUGAAUCUACACUACUUUACCUUAGAAUGAACAACAGCAGUCAGUCAAUGAAUCUACACUACUUUACCUUAGAAUGAACAACAGCAGUCAGUCAAUAGUCGAACAUGAAGAUCUUUAUUGUCGUUAUUUAAACAGAUGUUCUUAAUACACUGUUUAGCCAAGUAAGGUUUUAAAUGUGAAGGGAGGAGAGGAAACGGUUGGUAGGUCAGGGAGGGAGGGAGCAGGCAGCAGAAACUACUGGAGGAUUUAGUCAGUGUCCCAAAUGGCGCACCCUAUUCCCUAUUUAGUGCACUACUUUUGACCAGAGCCCUAUGGGAUACCCUAUGAGCCCUGGUCAAAAGUAGUGCACUAAAUAGGGAAUAGGGUGUCAUUUGGACCUGCCCCUUAGACUGCUCAAGUCAAGGGGACCUUGUAUUAUAAUAAGGGGAGGCUUGUUGAGGUGAGUCAGCUUAAUGUUGAGUCUUAAUGUAGUCAUCGAGCACAGUUCAGUGGGCAACACACAACUUGCGUCCCAAAUGAAACCCUAUUCCCAUUAUAGUGCACUACUUUUGACCAGGGCUCAUAGGGUGUCCUGUAAUGCUCUGGUCAAAAGUAGUGCACUAAAUAGGGAAUAGGGUCCCAUUUGGGACGUAGGAAAUUAGUCUAUGAUGAGCACAAGCCAUGGUUUUUGAACAGGUCUUCAAAGACGAAAGCGACGACAACAACAAACACUGUUUUGAGAUGACGAUGUCACCACUCCUACUGGCAGGAUGUAAUGGAUACAUCUGAUGGCCUUUCACAAAAAAACUAUUCCAGAAAUGAUUCAUAUGUGCACCACAGGUCAUAAUGCCCUUAUUUCAAGCAUCAAACUUAUGGGAGUCUAAAGUGUGCUUUUAAGCUUAGUUUCCUUCUUUAUGUCUGAAGGGUAGGACAUUCCAUAGACGAGUGCGCAACAAUGGGACAAACUACACUAUAUUUAGUCUCCAAAUGUUUAGUGAAAACGAAUACAUUUGCACAAUGAGCGCUUAUCUCUAAAAUGCAUCCUUACAAGUUGUUGGUUAGCGAGGGUAUUUUCACCAUAUUAGCAUGGACAUGACAUCAGUCGAAACACCUCAAAAUAAAACGUGAUAUUAAUAACGAGAUACUACAAGCUGAAACCAGCCUCUUACGAUUCCCCACGUUGCAGCUUUCUGUCAUUGUUGUUCGCUAUCUGAACGCCACACGGACUUCUGUCUUGUCGAGACGCACAUCAUUUCCUGAUGUCAGCUAACCCGUCUAUAUAGUAAUGCUGUUCGCCCAUUAAACACUAACUAAGACAUUUUUUUGGCACGCUUUGAUUUCUUCCUUUUCAGCUCAUUGUUCAUGGUGUAUUUUAGUGGAAGCAAAGUGUCUUUAUUUUGGAAUUUACUGUAUUUCAAAUGUUUACAUCUACUGAGCCCCCCCCCCCCCCUUAUUUUUGUUAAUUUAUUAAAUUAUUGCACAUGUCUA